GGGCGCUCGGACGGGCCCGGAGGUUGACGGCUUCCCGCCGCCCGCCCCCACCCCCCCAUGCGCGCAGCGUCGCGCGGCCCGGGUCCGUAGCGGCGGGGCGCCCCCCAUGCUGCUGCAGCCCGUGCCGUGCGCCCCGAGCGCCCCGAGCGCGGGCUUCCCGCGGCCCCCGGCCGCCCCCGGCGCCAUGCACGGCUCGCAGAAGGACACCACGUUCACCAAGAUCUUCGUGGGCGGCCUGCCGUACCACACCACCGACGCCUCGCUCAGGAAGUACUUCGAGGGCUUCGGGGACAUCGAGGAGGCCGUGGUCAUCACCGACCGCCAGACGGGCAAGUCCCGCGGCUACGGCUUCGUGACCAUGGCCGACCGGGCGGCCGCCGAGCGGGCUUGCAAAGACCCCAACCCCAUCAUCGACGGCCGCAAGGCCAACGUGAACCUGGCGUAUCUGGGCGCCAAGCCUCGCAGCCUGCAGACGGGGUUUGCUGUUGGUGUGCAGCAGCUACAACCCACCUUGAUCCAGCGGACCUACGGGCUGACGCCCCACUAUGUCUACCCGUCAGCCAUCCUGCAGCCCAGCAUGGUGAUCCCGGCCACCCCGGUCCCGUCCCUGUCCUCGCCCUACCUCGAGUACACGCCCGCCCACCCAGCCUACGCCCCGUACCCGCCAGCCGCCUACGACCAGUGCCCGUACGCCGCCUCACCGGGCUCGGCCUCCAGCUUCGUGGGCUACGGCUACCCCGCCGCGAUGCCCCCCUCGCUCCCGGCCGCCGCCCCGGCUGCCGCGGCCUUCCUGCAGUACCAGGCGCCCCAGCUGCAGCCCGACCGGAUGCAGUGACGCGCCCGUGGGGCCUGGGAGAAGGUGGGGCGCCCGCCCGGGGGCUGGGCAACCCCCCACCCCCGCCAGCCGUGCCGGGGUGCGCGCCCCGCCCUCGUGGGGACUUUGAGACUUGUGUUCUGUCACUGGGCGGCGGUGGCGGAGCCCGGGGGCACCCGGGCCCCAAGGCCGGUGAGGCCCCAGUCGGGAUGCGCAGCAGCCUUCAGGGGUACAGGAUGGACCCUCCUCCCGUGUCCUGUGAUCUGCAGCCAGGACGCUGUGUACCCCGCGGGGGGGCGCACGUCGUCCCCCAUGGGGCUCCACGCCGAUGCCGCCACGGCGCGGGCUCCCGGCCGGGCAGCCGCGCCCGCACACCUACCUCAGGGAGCCGCGUGCCGCCGCGCUGCCCUGCCGCACCGGCCGCCUGCCCGCCAGGCCGGGAGCAAGGUAGCUGUGGCCAUUCCCGUAUUUUAUUAGACCGGCAGGGGAUAACAAUAAAGCUCGUUUUCUUCA